AGAGCAAACAACAUUUAUUCCAAGUCAAAGAGGGCAAGAAACUUUACUCUCUGUAACCGGAAUAUUUUUGUUGUUCUAUGACAGGAUAUUGAGAGUUGCGUGUUUGACGACAAAGCUAUAAGUUCAUCUGCGAAGUAGCCUGAAUUUCAUCUUUCAGAGUGUACACGUCGGUUUACUUUAUAUUUUAUUGCCCGUGGCUUCUCACAAGGGAAACAUUGUCAGAGGAAUCUACCAGAUCACAAAAUUAAGCAAGCGUUUCCAGUUUAGUUUGAUUUUAUUCCCGAAGGUUGCAACUAUGGGUGAUCAAAUCUUCUCCCGAACCCUAUCUUCUUCUUCACAGAGUGGGACAGGAUCCUGCACUCCGUCGGUGGAAGCGCUUAAGAUCAUGGGAGGUCUUGAGGAAGAAGAAAGUAAACGGGUCAAGUCGGACAGUAGUAAAGCUUGGUUACAAGGCCCCCACUCUAUAUCACGGCAAAGUUGUCGCUUUGAGCUUCCAAUGGACAUGCUUGUUCUUGAGCAGCUGUCUCCUUUGCAAUACGUAUCUCAGUUUUGCCGUGUUAACAGUCGCCGCAAGACUCUUUAUCGACAUUAUUUCAUUAAAAUUGACCGAGAUAGGGACGGCGUUAUUAACAAGAGAGAACUCCAAAGCGCCCUCCGAGAUCUUUACGCCCAGUCCAUCAACGUCGCACAAGUAAAUGCUAUUCUCGAACUAUUGGAUAUCGAGAAAUCCAUGCGUGCAUUUGACCUGGAUGUGUUCACGGCUGUGGCAGCGUUCUCUGAGCGGUAUUUGUACUACUGCUAUAGCUUAGCCAUGCAGCAAGAUCAAACUGAGAGACGUAUGGUUUUAGAAGAGACUGACUUCUGCGCCUUGCGCUGGAAACUCGAAGGAUGCAAAAUCAAUGACAAGUUGAGGAACGUUUUAGCAAUGUUAUAGCAAGCACUUAAUGUCAUAUUAACUCACACUGCCUUCUUCGAAAUCCUAUCCCAGAAUUCUGUGUUGGCUGCAUACAAGGAUUACACGAGGCUAUGAUGCCAUAAACGCUAAUAAUAGUGCUUAGGACCACUUGGCACAUGCGCAGCGAAGGUAGUCAGCGUUUUAA